AUGAAGUUUGAUCGUCGAUGUUUAAAGAUCAGUGUAGGAGGAUCACGUGGACAUUCUUUAACUGUUCUGCGGAAGCAGUUGUUCGAGGAUUAUUAUGCAGACGUGAGACCUGUUCUGAACCAUUCUCAGCCAAUCGUAGUGACGAUAAAUCUUACAUUGCUUAAAAUACAGCAGGUAGAUGAAGUACGGCAGUCACUUAAAACUACAGUAAAUCUCUUACUAUCCUGGUCAGAUGAACUCUUAAUAUGGAACAAGUCUGAACAUGAUGGAAUAACAAACUUUGUAUUUCCAUACGAUAAGAAUAUCUGGGUUCCAGACAUAAUGGUCUCCAACGCUUUGGAUAGACCAGCCGAAUUGGGAUUAAACGACGCGUAUAUUUCUCUCAAAUAUUUGGGAGAGGUGGUUGUAUGGACGCAAGUUAAUUUUGACACUUCUUGUGAAAUACGUACAAAAAAAUAUCCGUUUGAUGAGCAGCAUUGCGAGAUACUCUUCACAAAGUUCAUGAAUGAAGAUGACAAAUUAAUACUGAAAGCAACAGAAAAUAAAACAAAUCUUGAGAUGUAUAUGGAAACAGCUGAAUGGCAAAUAGUUGAUAAUUUUGUUGAAUAUGACAUUGAUAUUUACGAAACAAAUAUAGGGGUUCUAAAUUACACAGUGCUUCACUAUCACUUAAAACUGCGCCGUACAUGCAUGUCAUGCAUAUUGAAUAUCAUGGUUCCAGUUUUGGUUCUGGCCUGCCUGAACUUGCUGACAUUCUUUGUGCCAUGUGAAAGUGGAGAAAAGACCAGUUUUCCAAUAUCAAUAUUUUUAACACUGGCCGUGUUUCUGACCAUGAUUACGCUGUCUUUGCCAGAGUCUAUUGAUGGAGUGUCCUACCUGAGCACAUAUGUGACAUUCCAGCUAAUAAUGAGUACAAUAACACUCAUAUGUACAGUGAUAUCUUUACAACUCCACCAUAAAAUGAACAACAGACCAGUUCCCAAAAUUGGACUUGCCAUCAUGAAGGUGUUUAAAUGUAAAAGAAAUUUGUAUCCAACCGCAAAACAAAAUGAGAUCAAACUUGAAGCAGACGAUGCUAGUAAUGAUCUUCAUCAGCUUGAUCGUUCUGACAGCACAGUGUACAUACAGAGAAGGUCGAGCAAACUGUGGCAGAAUGUGGUCGAUGCCUUUGAUACCAUGAUGUUUAGCAUUUUAUUGAUCUGUGAAAUUAUAACAACAGUCAUCUUUCUUGGUCUUAUCUUAAAUUGA